UCUAGUCUGCCCAGGACGACAAGACCACAAUCCAGUGUGAGACGUCUCCUCCCACCACCCCUCGCUCCAUGCGCCUGCACAAGGGGGCCAGCCACACUGCCAGCCAUGAGGACAUCAGGGACAUCCGCAGUAUGACCACCCUACAGGACGGCCAGGGUAGUAACCCCAGCAGCAGUAACAGCAGUCAGGACUCUCUGAACAAGGCAGCCAAGAAGAAGAGCAUCAAGUCCUCCAUCGGGCGCCUCUUCGGCAAGAAGGAGAAGGGUCGGCCAGGCCCCCCAGGGAGCAAGGAGUCCCCUGGCAGCCAAGCUGGUACCCCCGAGGCAGAGACCUCUCCCCAGGAUGCACCGGGGCUGGGCAAACUAAGGCGGCCCCGCUGA